AAAUUUGUUCAAAGAAAGUCAAAAGGAACGAAUUAUUCAGUAAAAUUCAACCCUGUGCCUCGCGAGAUGCAACCCUGCGAACGCGGGAAAAGCAUACUGUUAGAGAGAGAGACAGAAAACGGAUUGAGAAUGCGAAAGCGCGAAAUCAAAAGCACCCCCAAAGGAUACACCAAGGAAUCCAAGGAGAGAGCGACACGACUCCGUGUGGGAGAGAGCGCCCCCAAUAGAUGUGUGUGUGUGUGGAAAUUAGCUUUUCGGAGUCAACAAUAAAAUUUUCAUUCAGCUUUGGGACGCAUUCAGCAGCACAAGUGGCUGCAACAGCAGCAGCAGCAGCAGCAGGAGCGCAGGACCGCCUUAGGAGAGCUAAAAACCUCAAAACCUCGACCUCGGCAACAGGAGCAACAGCAACAGCAUCAGAAACAGAAUCAGAAUCAGGGGAUAGAGAAAAUCCGCAGUGGGCGCUAAAGAAUGCGAAGUCGCACCGAGCUGGUGACCACCACAUUUGUGGAGAGCGACGAAGAGGAGGACUACAGUCCAGACGACGAUUCCGACUCGGAGGAGGACUGGCGACCCACCAAGAAGCGGCCACCAAAGCAGCCACGUAUCGGCGUAGCCAUUGCUGGAGGUUCGGGUGCAGGUGGAGCUGCAGGUGCAAGCGGGGGACCAGGCGGCGGUGAGGGCGGUCGCAAGAGAAAGGCUGCUGGAACGGCCGCCAAGGCCAAGCGUCGCCACUCGAAGGUGGACAGCGACGACGAAUCCGACGACGACGACGACGAUGACCUAGAAACGGAUCCCAGCGACGAGGACUUUGAGUAUCCACUGGCCAGCACCUCGAAGCGGCCGCAGAGUCUGCCCCCGAAGAAGCAGUUCGUGAAGCUCCACCAGGUGGAUCUGCUGAUGAAGAAGGCUGACCUCCUCGACAAGGAUUGGAUGAAGAACACUCGCCUCUGCCUGUGGCGCAAGGAUGUGCAGGCGAGUCUCCUGCAGAAGUUUCUCAGAGUAAAGUCGGAGCCCGGCGAGGAGCAGCUGCUCUUCACUUCCAGCUCGGUGUAUUCCAGCUGGGAUGAGCAGCAAAUUGGCGACUACUUGGAGGUGAAGGCCAACUGCUUGGACCCCAACAAUCGACGGUUCAAGCUGCACGAUCUGGAGGGCAUUAUGAAGGUAUCCCAGGAGUUGCUCGAGGAGCAGGAUAAGGAGGACCCGGAUGAGGAGGCUGCUCCACCUGGUGCUGAUGACGACGACGAAGAAGAUGAAGGAAAUCCCGAGGACCCCGAGCUGGAGCCAGAGUCAGAGCCAGUGCCAGAUCUGGAGGAGGAUGAGGAGGAAGACGAAGCCCUCGACGAGGAGGAGGAAGCCGAGGACGAAGGCCAAGAUCAUACCGAUGAAACAGAUCCAUAAAUCAAACAAAUAAUCCUACUAUACAGUAUAUACAGCGAGAGAACAUUUGAGAUUCUCAGCCGAGAUUAAUCGUAAAUAGUUGGCCAAGUUAGCAUUAGAGAUCGAGAAUUCCCAAGCAUCUGGCUGCUACUUUGAGACAACUUUUAAUUUAAUUUAGUAAAUUAAUUGAAGAAAACCGAAAAAGAAAGACAUUUUAAAAAUAUCCAUUCAA